AUGACAAACGAAAUUGGUGAAAAUUUCAUGUUCUAUGACACUGUAAAAGAGAUAUGGGAUGCAGUGAAGGAAACAUACUCAAAUGUUGACAAUACAUUUGUCAUAUUUGAGAUUAAAAGCAUUCUUCAUGACCUUCGACAGGGAGAAUCUUUUGUUACUGAGUAUUUUAAUAUACUUAACAAACACUGGCAGCAACUCGACAUAUAUGAAGAGGUUACAUGGUGUUGUAUAGAAGAUCAAAAGAAAUAUAAGGAGUUGGUGGAAAAAGAUAGGAUUUACAAGUUCCUAUUAGGGCUAAACAAGGACCUAGAUGAAGUUCGUGGAAGGAUCCUUGGAACCAAACCACUUCUCAAAAUUCGAGAAGCCUUUUCAGAAGUGAGAAGGGAAGAAAGCAGGAAGAAAAUCAUGUUGGGAACACCUAGCUCAGUUCCGUACAGCGAGAGCUCUGCAAUGGCAGCAAGAGGGAAUCAACCUCGGCCACCACAAAAGAAAACCCGCCCCUGGUGUGAACACUGCAAGAGACCAGGCCACACAAAGGAAACAUGUUGGAUCAUACAUGGAAAACCUUCAGAGACCAAAUUUUUCAAAGGUAAGGAGGGAAGAGGUAACACAACAUUUAACAAUCAAGAAGAUGAGGUAUACUCUAACUCAUCUCUUUUUAGCAAAGAACAAAUGGAGGCUCUUCAAAAACUCCUUCAGCAAACCAUGUUAACUGCAUAA